AAACCCAUCCCAGCUAAUUACCACCCUGCCUGAUUUCUACUACAAAAUUGCGUGACAAUGGGUGUCGACGACAGGUCGGUGUCGGCCGGCAGCGACCGAGGCGAUGCCCGUCCGAAACACAGGGCCACGGGACCAGAGGACGGGGUAGGCGCGGCAUCCUCUUCGAGUGACCUGGACGACACGUACGAUAUCUACAAGCAAAAAGGCGGCGGCGAGACGGACCUCGACCCGGUCGAGGCGCGCCGCGUCCUGCGCAAGAUCGACUGGCAUAUCCUGCCGCUCCUCAUGGGCUCGUACAUGUUGCAGUAUCUUGACAAGUCUAGCAUCAACUUCGCCAGCGUGUACGGCCUGCAGAAGGGCACCAACCUGCAUGGCCAGGAUUACUCGUGGCUCUCGUCCAUCUUCUACUUUGGCUAUCUCGUUGCUCAGUAUCCGGCGGGCUAUCUCAUGCAACGGCUUCCGGUCGCCAAGGUCAUUGGUGUCAGCACCUUGGCCUGGGGUGUGCUCAUCCUCACGACGCCAGCGUGCAACAACUUCGCCGGAAUAGCCGCCAACCGCUUCUUGCUCGGUCUCUUCGAGGCCGUGGUGAAUCCCGGUUUCGUGCUGGUGAUGUCCAUGUGGUACCAAAAGUCCGAGCAGCCGCUGCGGUUGGUCAUCUACUACUCGAUGAACGGCUGGGCCGGCAUAGCCGGUGGGCUCCUGGGCUACGCCAUUGGCCAUAUCACGUCGGGUCUGCCGCAGUGGAUGUACGUGUUCCUCAUAUUUGGGGCUAUCAGCUUCGCCUGGGGCGUCGUGUUCCUGGCCUUCAUGCCCGAUCUCCCGUCCACGGCGAGAUUUUUGAAGGGCCACGAGGCCGCCGUCGCCGUCGACCGUGUCGCGGCAAAUCGACAGGGCGUCAAGAACCACCACUUCAAAAAGUACCAGAUGUGGCAGACGCUAAAGGACCCCAAGACUUGGAUCUUGUUUGUCAUGUCCAUUUCAGCACAGAUUCCGAACGCGGCCCAGUCUUCGUUCAUGUCCAUUAUCCUCAAGACGUUUGGCUUUAGCACGCUGGAGACGCAGUACAUGCAGAUCCCGGGCAACGUCAUCCAGAUCGUGUCGCUGCUCGCGUCGGGCUACGUCGCGUCGCGUUGGCCGAACAUGCGGUGCAUCGUGAUGAUCCUGGGCAACCUCGUCUGCGUCGUGGCCGGCGGCGUGCUCGUGGGCCUCUCGCCGGGCGCCGACAGCACGGAGAACAGGUGGGGCAGAAUCGUGGCGCUCUGGCUGUGCUCGUGCCAAUCGGUUGGCUUCGCCAUGAGCCUGACCAUGGUCAGCAGCAACGUGGCCGGCUACACCAAGAAGCAGCUGACGGGCGCCUUCAUCUUUGUCGGGUAUUGCGCCGGCAACAUCGUCGGGCCGCAGACUUUUAUCGACGCCGAAGCGCCGCUCUACAAGUCGGCGUAUAUUGCCAUCCUCGUCGGGUAUUCGCUCAAGACUGUCUCAGUGAUGGUGCUGUACGCGUACAUGUGGAGCGAGAACGCGAAGCGAGACCGCGAGGCAGCUGCAAAUCCCCAGAGUGUCGAGCAGCAGGAUCAGGAGGCUGUCGAGAAGGGCAUGCGGGACGUGACUGAGAUUGACAACAAGGGCUUCAGAUAUGCUCUGUGAUUGAUGUCGGAUAUACCAAUUCACAAACAGGCGACGGGUACCUAGAUAAGUACAUUUACGGUUGGCUAUCAGAAGGAUGAGCGGUGUUCAUGAAUCAAGAGGGCGAGGGUAGGUUGCCGUACGUGGCCGCCACUAGUUACACCUAAUUACUCCUCCAUUUUGUCGCGGGAAGUCCUUCACAAAGCGGAGGGGCAGAGAGCAGAAAACCAUGGCAAAAAACAAUGAAAAAGGCGAGAAGGUCUCUGGCAGCGAGACGGCCAGCGUCAGCGGCUGAAAUCGGAAGGGGAACGAGGGAAUUAGUCAAGGACUGGAAUAUGAUUAGCGAUAUAAAUGAAAUUGGAAGUUAUAGAACCAUGGCAGACUUUCAGGCUGAUUGCGAGUAGGGUCGCCAGGAAAUGAAAAUUGGAUAGGUAAGAAGAAAACAUUUGUGC